GGAAGCACAGCAGAAUGUAUAGAGUGGGGGAGCCAGGGCGGCGGCCACUUCAUGGGCCAGCACCCCCUCGCCUGCGGAGCGUGGAGGUGGCCCGCGGGCGAGCUGGCUAUGGAUUCACUUUGACUGGACAGGCGCCAUGUGUGCUGAGCUGCGUCAUGCGAGGGAGUCCUGCAGAUUUUGUUGGCCUCCGUGCUGGAGACCAGAUAUUUGCUGUCAAUGAAAUCAACGUGAAGAAAGCUUCCCAUGAAGACGUAGUGAAAUUAAUUGGGAAAUGCUCUGGUGUCCUGCACAUGGUGAUUGGGGAAGGCAUCGGCCACUUAGAGUCCUGCUCCAGUGACGAAGAAGGUGGAUUGUAUGAAGGAAAAGGCUGGCUGAAGCCCAAACUUGAUUCCAAAGCUUUAGGUAUAAACAGAGCAGAGAGAGUGGUAGAAGAAAUGCAGUCUGGCGGAAUUUUUAAUAUGAUUUUUGAAAAUCCUAGCCUUUGCACAAGCAGUUCAGAACCCUCGAAAUUGAAACAGAGAUCCCUUUCAGAGUCAGCUGCUGCUCAAUUUGAGGUUGGACAUGAAAGUAUAAAUGAUCCAAAUCCCAAUGGGCUUUCUAAGAAGGAAAUAUCAAAAGUUAUUCAUGAUGAUUCGGUUUUCAGUAUUGGGCUAGAAAAUCAUGAGGAUUUUGGGUUGGAUGCAAGUAUUUUAAACGUUGCCAUGGUCGUGGGCUAUUUGGGUUCUAUUGAGCUUCCUUCCACAAGCUGCAGCCUGGAGUGUGACAGUUUGCAAGCGAUCCGUGGCUGUAUGCGGCGCCUGCGGGCGGAACAGAAGAUCCAUUCGCUGGUGACGAUGAAGAUCGCGCAUGAUCGGGUGCAGCUGUGUACCGACAAAGCUGGCGUUGUGGCCGAGUACCCCGCCGAGAAGCUGGCCUUCAGCGCUGUGUGCCCAGAUGACAGGCGCUUUUUUGGGCUGGUGACCAUGCAGACAAAUGACGACGGGAGCGUAGUGCAGGAGGAGGAAGGUGCCUUGCGGACUUCCUGCCACGUGUUUAUGGUGGAUCCAGACUUAUUUAGCCACAAGAUCCACCAGGGCAUUGCUCGGCGGUUUGGGUUUGAGUGCACGGCCGAUCCUGACACCAAUGGCUGUUUAGAAUUCCCUGCAUCCUCUCUCCCUGUCCUUCAGUUCAUCUCGGUCCUGUACCGAGACAUGGGUGAGCUGAUUGAGGGGGUGCGGGCCCGUGCCUUUCUGGAUGGGGAUGCUGACGCCCACCAGAACAACAGCACUAGCAGCAACAGUGAUAGUGGCAUUGGAAAUUUCAACCAGGAGGAGAAGAGCAACCGGGUCCUCGUGGUCGACCUGGGUGGGAGCUCAAGCAGGCACUGCCCCAGCAGCAGCACUGGGUGGGAGGGUGCAGGCGGGAGGGGCCCACAGCCCUGGGGAGCCCCCUGGAAUGGGGCCUUCUGCUCUGACCCUGAGGGGAGCUCCCCAUUGGAGGCCACUUCCCAGACUGACAGGUUCCGUGACAUAAACAAGCAUUUAGGACCAGCCUCUCAGGUGGAGGUUGCUCCGGCUGCCUUGCGGAGUUCAGUCCCUCCUUCAAAGAGGGGCACUGCGGGCUGUGGUUUCAACCAGCGAUGGCUCCCAGUUCACGUGCUCCAGGAGUGGCAGUGCGGACACGCCAGCGACCAGGAGUCAUACACAGAUUCCACCGAUGGGUGGUCCAGCGUCAACUGUGGCACACUGCCCCCUCCUAUGAGCAAGAUUCCUGCCGACCGCUACAGGGUCGAGGGCAGCUUCGCGCAGCCCCCGCUGAACACCCAGAAAAGGGACUGGUCCAAGAAGGCUUUUGGAAUGCAAAAUGUUUUUGGUCCCCAUCGAAAUGUUAGAAAGACUAAAGAAGACAAAAAGGGCUCAAAAUUUGGGCGGGGAAUUGGACCCGUGCACACUUCUCAACGCGCCUCUGCCCGGAGAUCGUUUGGAAGAUCCAAGAGAUUCAGUAUCACCCGCUCCCUUGAUGAUCUGGAGUCUGCAACUGUGUCUGAUGGUGAGUUGACCGGCGCUGACCUGAAGGACUGCGUGAGCAACAACAGCCUGAGCAGCAAUGCCAGCCUCCCCAGUGUGCAGAGCUGCCGGCACCUGCGUGAGCGGAGGGUCGCCAGCUGGGCCGUGUCCUUCGAGCGCCUGCUGCAGGAUCCCCUCGGAGUCCGCUACUUCUCUGAUUUUCUAAGGAAGGAAUUCAGUGAAGAAAACAUUUUAUUCUGGCAGGCCUGUGAAUAUUUUAAUCAUGUUCCUGCACAUGACAAAAAAGAGCUUUCCUACAGGGCCCGGGAGAUUUUCAGUAAAUUUCUGUGCAGCAAAGCCACCACCCCAGUCAACAUCGACAGCCAGGCUCAGCUGGCUGAUGACAUUCUCAACGCCCCUCACCCUGACAUGUUCAAGGAACAGCAGCUCCAGAUUUUCAAUCUGAUGAAGUUUGAUAGCUACACUCGCUUCCUGAAAUCCCAGCUGUACCAAGAGUGCAUCCUGGCGGAAGUGGAGGGCCGGGCUCUCCCCGACUCGCAGCAGGUGCCCAGCAGCCCGGCCUCCAAGCACAGCAUCAGCUCAGACCACUCCAACGUGUCCACGCCAAAAAAGUUAAGUGGAAAAUCGAAAUCAGGAAGGUCCCUGAACGAAGAACUGGGGGAUGAGGACAGCGAGAAGAAACGAAAAGGAGCAUUUUUCUCUUGGUCAAGGAAUAGGAGCACGGGGAGGUCCCAGAAGAAGAAGGAACACGGCGACCAUCCAAACGACCCCCUUCACGCCAAUGGAGGCCUGUGCCGCCGGGAGUCCCAGGGCUCUGUGUCCUCUGCAGGGAGCCUAGACCUGCCGGAGGCCUGCAGAACCUUGGUGCCUGACAGGGACAAGACUGCAAAGCACUGCUGCAUCCAUCUCCCAGAUGGGACGUCCUGUGUGGUGGCCGUCAAGCCGGGCUUCUCCAUCAAGGAGAUCCUGUCGGGACUCUGCGAGCGACACGGCAUCAAUGGGGCUGCUGUGGAUCUCUUCCUGGUGGGCGGGGACAAGCCUCUAGUGCUGCAUCAGGACAGCAGCAUCUUGGAGUCAAGGGAUCUGCGCCUAGAAAAGCGUGCUUUGUUUCGGCUGGACCUCGUUCCUAUUAACCGGUCAGUGGGACUCAAGGCCAAGCCCACCAAGCCUGUGACGGAGGUGCUGCGGCCUGUGGUGGCCAAGUACGGCCUGGACCUGAGCAGCCUGCUGGUGCGGCUGAGUGGAGAGAAGGAGCCCCUGGACCUUGGUGCCCCUAUAUCCAGUCUGGAUGGACAGCGGGUCAUCUUGGAGGAGAAGGACCCUUCCAGAGGAAAAGUAUCCACAGAUAAACAGAAAGGGGCACCAGUGAGGCAGAGCACAGCUGUAAGCUCUAGCUCCAGAAGUCACUCGGCCACGGGAGAGGAAAGAACACUAGGCAAGUCUAAUUCUAUUAAAAUAAGAGGAGAAAAUGGAAAAAAUGCUAGGGAUCCCCGGCUUUCAAAGAGAGAAGAAUCUAUUGCAAAGAUUGGGAAAAAAAAAAAUCAGAGAAUUAAUUUGGACGAAGCAGAGGAGUUUUUUGAGCUCAUUUCCAAAGCUCAGAGCAACAGAGCAGACGACCAGCGUGGGCUGCUGAGGAAGGAAGACCUGGUGCUGCCGGAGUUUCUUCGCUUGCCCCCUGGUCCCACAGAACACGCCCUCGCCACCCCGGCUGCAGCCGUGGGAGGUAGGGGGAGAAUCGCCACGAGUGUGAUGUGGGAGCCAGCCCAGGACUGCAGCGACAGCUCGGCCACCAGCCCUGGCUCAGCCACCAGCCCUGGCUCGGCCCACAGCCCUCCCGGGAUGGCCCCGCCCAGGCAGGAGCCUCCCAACGGGCCCUUCCACGCCCCCUUGCCCCCUGCCCCCCCCACACAGGAGGGUGCCGCGCAGGUCUGGAGGAGGCAGCCAUGGGCAGCAGAGGCCGGGGGCGUCCAGACUGUGGAGGAGGAGCACGUGGCCGACCUGACCCUGGUGGGGGAGGGGGACAUCAGCAGCCCCAACAGCACACUGCUGCCGCCACCCUCCAGCCCCCAGGACACACCGGGACCUCUGAGACCAGGUACCUCCCAAUUCUGACCCCCACACCUUUGGCUCCGUCCAGCUCUGCUGCCCCUCAGCGUGGUCCACGUGGUUUUUAAUAGACAAGAGCAGCUUUGUCGGUGGGCUGCCCUCAGGCCACCACUCGUUCAACGAGGCACUUCCAUGGGAUUCUCCUCCCCAGUACUGUGUUGUGGUUUCCUCUGCCUUUUCUGAAAGGAGGGGCUCAGGUGGCAGCCAAGGUCAGCUUUGCCAGGAUGGGUCACUGAGGGCCCAGAGCAGGUGCACUGGCACCGUGUGCUCUCACAGGGCUGAUGAGGGAGCAGCGCUGCCCCCACAUUCCUAAUGCCACUGAGCAAGACCUGGCAGGUUAUGAAAACCUGGAUAGCUAGCACCUUCUGUGUUUUAGUCUCAAGACUAAAAAAAAAUAGUUUUUGGAGCAAGAAAGUAAAGGCCCUCUGACCUGUAGCAGAAGGCCAGGGUUCUGCUGCAGGAGGGUGUUAGGACCAUGUCGUGAAAGCCACUUCAGUGCUGUCCCUGACUGCACAUGUGUCUCAGGUGGCUCUCAGGUGCAGCCGUGACAUUUCGUGUGUGUGAAUGUGGAUAGUGGGGACUGGCGGCAGUAACCUUCCCUUGAGACACAGGUGUUAGACACUGAAGCGAGGCUCCCCAGCAGCAGCCAUGGGGAAGGUGUUUCCAGGACCCUGUUGGUGUGUGUCACACAGAGCUCGCCCAGCGGCGUGUGGGCACCAGUUAUGAUCUGCCACUGGGGGGACGAGAACACCCCUCUUUGCUCAGAGUCCUGUUGCAGGAUCAGGUCUUGUUGGGCCUAUAGCUUGGACCUGGUUGGGGGGCACGGAUUUGCAUUGCUCCACUACAUUCUGUAUUCCUGUACAUAGCUGGGCACUGUGGAGGGCAUGCGCAGGGUGGGCUGGGCUCCCUGUGCCCUUCCCAGUGAGGUGCCGCAGCAUCUGCACGCAUGCGCGGGCCGUGCGGGCUCCCACCGCGGCCUCAACCUCCCUUUCUGCUCUUUUCUGUAGAUACCUGUGUGUACUUUCCACCUGUGUUUUG